GCAACGCGGCGCUGCCAGGACAGGCGGUGGCGGGGCUUCGCCCUCCUGGACACGGUGCUGGAGGCCGCCGUUGAGGACAGCCAGUACAGCCCCCUGAAGCGCGCCAACAUGGCGGGCGACGCGCAGGCGGACAUCCCCGACACUGGGGCCGUGUUCACGUUCGGCCGCAGUCGCUUCGCCAACAACGCCGCCAGCCACUUCUUCAUCCGGAACGACCCCGUCGUGGAGAUGAGCUGCGGCGACGAGCACACCGCCGUCGUCUGCCAGAACGGCCGCGUGUUCGCCUUCGGGAGCAACACGUGGGGCCAGCUGGGCCUCGGCCACAAGAACACCGCCACCAUGCCGAGCUGCGUUAAAAGUCUCAAGCCGGAGAAGGCGACGCACGUGGCUUGCGGCAAGUCGCACACCAUCGUCAGCACGCAUUCCGGAAAGGUGUUUUCCUUCGGGAGCAACAUGGACUGCCAGCUCGGGCUGGGUGACACCGAGGAACGCGCCACCCCGACCGAGGUGGCGGGCAUCUUCGCCGGCGAGGACGGCGUCCGGAUGCUCGCGGCGGGGUGCCAACACUCGGCCGUGCUCACGGUGGACGGCGGCGUCUACGUGUGGGGUAGUAAUUCGGACGGACAGCUCGGCCUCGGCGAAUCGGUGACGGUCGUCGAUACUCCAAAGCGCAUCGACCUUCCGCACACAAUAGCUUACAUUAGUUGUGGGUACUAUCACACAGCGCUAGUCACUGAGGAAGGACAGCUUCUCAUGUGCGGCGAGGGAGAAAAUGGCAAAUUGGGCCUUUCUCGAGAGAAUCGAAACGUCUUCGUACCAACUCCUGUCAAUAUCAAUGUUCCCAUCAGAUCCGUGGCGUGUGGGGGGAACCACACCAUCGCCGUUUCAAUGGACGGUGAUGUUUAUGGGUUUGGCUCCAACCUCAGUGGACAGUUAGGACUUGGCAGAGAAGUCUUGUCAUUCUCAGUACCUGAAUGCGUUGAAACUCUGCUUGGCAAGCAUAUCUGUGCAGCAGCUUGUGGGGAAAUCCAUACCGCAUUUUUGACAGUUGAAGGUCAUAUGUAUGCCUGCGGAGAUGGUCGACAUGGGAAACUCUGCAUUGAAAUAGAAAAUGGAGAUGAGGGUUCAGUACAGUGUACACCACAAUCCGUCACUCGCUUUAGCCAGUACAGAGUAAAACAGGUGGCUUGUGGAGGCUGUCAUACAAUGGUUCAAGCAGUCAUGGAAGCAGACACUUCCAAAAAUGACGCAAAUGAACUGGUAAAUGGAGACGUAUCCUUAAGAUUGAAAAAAGUGGACACAGGUGAAAGAGAGAAGACUCCUGCAAUGCUGGACGGGUCAAGCAGAGUUCUCCCACCCCUACAAAAUGCACCUGUCCUUAAUGGACUCUCAGAGAAAUCUCCAAUAAAUGGCUCUGAUGAUAUGAAUCCUGAGAAUGAUGAUAAAAAUGAAGCCUCAGCAUUAGAUAAUAAAAAUGAAGCCUCCUCUGCACUAAAUGGAACUGCACCUGAGUUGCAGAAUGGUGAAGCAGACCAACCCAUUACAACAAAUGGGCACAACACCCACUCUGAACAACACACUGACCUAAGCCCAGUCGAAAACGAUUUGUCAGAACACAAUGGCCAGUCCAACUCAAUUGAGCUAGACAGCAGCAGUAACAUUGUUAAUGGUAAUCAUGAAAAAACGUCUAGUGAAAGAAAUUCUGUUGACAAACUAGAUAUAAUUGAAGACAAAGAUAAUGUAUACUCAAAGUUCAAUCUCAGAGAUGCUAGUGACUUGGCAAGUGAAACACAGAAUGGAACCGGUGAGAGAGAAGAAGAAGCAGAUGAGGUGGACACGCCCAGAACAAUAAAGGCAGAUGAUGGGCAGGAAUCAGUACAAAAGGUGGAUGACAGACGAUGUUCUGUUGAUGUAACUCCAACUCUCACAGUUACUGGAACGGAUGGUGUUGAUCUGGACUCUGAAGAGACAAACACCAAUGCUGAUGGAAAUAGGACUGAUAAUAAACCAAAUUUGAUAUCUUCCUUUGACAAAGGAGAGGGACGAAUGGCGAAAUUUUUAAAUGCAUUUCGACGCAAAAAGCUCUCCGAGGAAAAUGUGUCUGUUAAUGCUGCCUGGACUGAUGUUGAGAGAAGAAUAUCCAGUGAAAAUAACUUAAAAAAUGGAAAAAACUCAUCCCAGAUUCAAAUAAGAUCUGGCCUGGUACAUAAGUCAAAGGCGUGUGUAAUAUUGUAGGUGCUUGGGUCCUGCAUCCAAUACUACUUUAACUGAUAUUUGUUAUAGAAUUUGCUUUAUGGUGACAAAAUAUUAAGGGCAACAAAAAUAAAUUAUUUCAAAAAACAAAA